AGGGAGGAGGAAGUCAGCGCAAUUUAAAUGUUUCCCAACACUUCACUUACUCUCAGUUGAAACCACCGGAGGACACGCACGGGCGCUGGCACGCGGACUCUGGAUACUCCUACCUGAUCAUGAAGGCAGGAAAGAGGUGGACGGGGCUGGGGAAGCACGCCGGGUAAACUGCGGAGGAGUUUGUGUUUAGAGGUUAGAAAGUUUUCCACAGUGCGCGUAGCGAUCCGUGUUUCCCACCUCUGGGAUAGUCGGGAAUACUUUGAGACAAAGUAAAGCUGUUUCCAGAAAAAACCGGCCCGCGGGGAGCGCGCGCAACAGGACUGAUAAGAAUAGCAAUACCUGGAAAAUCUGAACGCGCCAGUCUGCAGCCAUGAAUGAGGAAAUGCAGGGAGGAGAGGAGAAGGACUGGCAUGAGCUUGAACCCAAAUAUGGGAUCAAAAUCUUCCUCACGGUCCUCUACAGCCUCAUCCUGGUGACGGGCAUUGUAGGUAAUUCAGUCACUAUCCGAGUGACCCAGGUGCUAAAGUGUAAGGGCUACCUUCAGAAGAACGUCACUGACCACAUGGUGAGCCUGGCUUGCUCUGACAUCUUGGUGCUUCUCAUUGGCAUGCCGGUGGAGCUCUACAGCGCUAUCUGGUUCCCCUUCACGUCGGCGUCAGGCAACGCCUUCUGCAAGAUCUACAACUUCCUGUUUGAGGCUUGCAGCUACGCCACCAUCCUCAACGUGGCCACGCUCAGCUUUGAGCGCUACGUCGCCACCUGCUACCCUUUUCGCUUUAAAACCUUGGGUGGGAAAUGGACCACCGGCCUAAUCACCUUUGCCUGGCUCGUGUCCCUGCUUGUGGCCCUGCCACUGCUAAUCACCAUGGGGACGCAGGGGCACAUCCCAAUGGCGCGCAACACCCCAGUCCAGAACCUGACCUUCUGCACCAACCUGAGGGAGCACUGGGUGAUGUACAGGAUCAGCAUCUUCUUUGCUUUCAUCGUGUACAUGAUCGUGCUGGUCUGCGUGGCCUUCAUGUGCCGGGCUAUGAUCCUGGUCCUGAAGAAGCCUAUGGGAUUCACUGAAGGAAGCACCAGUGGAAAUCAAAGAGCAAUCCCUAAUGAAAAUCCAAAGGUCAAGUCAGCCAGGAAGCAGACCAUAGUUUUUCUUGUUCUCAUUGUUGGAUCCUUGAUGGUAUGCUGGCUUCCCAACCAGAUUCGCCGUCUUAUGAUGGCUGCUAUGCCCAAGUCCAACUGGACCAUUACUUACUUCCGAAGCUACGUCAUCCUCCACCCCGUGGCCGACACCUUCUUCUACCUCAGCUCUGUCCUCAACCCUUUCCUCUACAACCUCUCCUCCCGGCAGUUCAGGGACGUAUUCAUGCAGGUUCUGCGGUGUCACCUUACCAUCGUGCAUAAAAAUAAGUCCACCGUGCAGUUCAGGGCUGUCCCCAAGCAAUCCCAGCGCCCCCUGCUGCUGAAGUCACUGCGUCGAAAUAGGUCAAGUCGCACCACUGUCGCCAAAGAGGAAACGCCUGCCUCCUUUACGACAUUUCAGUCGCAAGAUGACUCGGGACUGGGCACGGAUACUCAGACGUCCAUCAUAGGGACUGAAGAGCAAAUCUUGGAGCUCAAGAAUAGAAAUGUACCAUCAGAGUCAGAAAUAUAGCCUGUUGUGCGAUGUGUCAAUGGGAGAAACGGCUUUAUCCACGGAUGCAGUUCAUUGUGUACACAAUAAACAUAGCACAGGGUGUCUCCAAAGGACAUUUACCUCCAGUGAUAUUGUUAAAAUAUAAUACAUAAUCUUAAAUACCCCAGAGCUUCAGUUAAAAUUAAAGGUACAGACUGGAGGGUUUAAGCACUGUAAUCUGUGCUCUGCAUUCCAGAUAGGAGAUUUUUUUUUUAAUAUAUUUUGGCCCAUAGAUGAAACUGAAGGUCACAUUAUAAGAUAACCUUUAUUAGUCCCACACGUAUGAUCACCAACCUUCAAGAAGAGCAAAUAACAAUGGCUUUUAACAUUGAUUAACCCUACUGUUAGCUAUGGCAGGCAAUGAUGUCAGCGCAAGGUCACAUCCAACUAUUAAUCUGAAAUAGUAUUUAGGGUAUUUAGCUUUAGCACAGUAGCUGCAAGCUGCUUUGCAAACCACAACAAGCCUAGCUCUGCUUUUUAAUCCCUUGUAUGGUUCAACUGAUGUCGCAUCUGGGUCUUAAUACUGCUGUAUCCAUGUCAGGCUUUCCUUUUAUGUUCAAGAAGGGCAGGAGGUCCCAAAGCAAGGAGUAUUCAAAGUUUCUAAUGGAGUUAAUAUUAACUUGCCAACACCUCACAGUCUCUGGCUAAUCUGGAAUAGCUGGACCUUGGUGUAACGCUUGAUGGGCCCAGCUAUGAAGCCUGAAAAGCGAAGUCGACACAAAAACCUGCAUUCUUUUCAAUGGCCAGCAGGGGGCGACUAUAAUAUUUUGCUGACUUUAUGACCUAGUUUUUGGUGAUACUGAGUAAAACAUUAAGUGCAUUUUAUAAAUAAUAAUCAUUAUUAGCGUCAGAAAAGAGGAUAAAAGGAUUUUACAAACCAAAGGGUGACGUCCAUUGUUUUUAUACCAAAGGUGUAAGUUAUUUAGUCAAUCAAUGUUUAAGAUGAGUGAAAGGCCAGCAGCUGAAUUAAAUAUAAAGCACUUAGAGGUGAAUUCUGCUGCAGUGUUGAAUCAGAACAUUUGUGUGAAUUUUUUUUAGAUUUUUUUUUUUUUUUUUUAACUUGGUUCUACUAACUCUAGACUGUUUCUACAUUUAUAUUUAAUGGUGAACUCUAACAGUAGACUAACACAUUCAGUGUUAGUCUACUGUUAGAGUUCCUAACCUCACUGAUGCUUAGACCUGACGGGGAGUCAGUUUAGAUCUGGAGUAAUUUGGCAAAAUGCAGUAACUGAGUUCACGACCCAGCUCGAUUACAGAGAGAGAGUUCACACUCUGAGUUAAGUUGGGAAAUCUUGGUUUUUGUGCCGUAAACGUGAGAAACUGUGAAAGUUAAUUGUGCUGACUCAGGAUUAAAUCUGGCUCCUAAUUAUUUCAUUUGUUUACUCUGCAAUGUGUUGGUAUGUACAUAUCUUAGAUACAUUCUUAUGUUGGAAUAAAUGUAAAUAUGCAACUAAUCUUUGAACUUGAACAAUUCAAUUCAUUGUGACAAAUAAAUGAACGUGACUUUAGACUAAAGUGUUCCUAACUGAACUAAGAAACCUUUACAUGGUACUUUUAGCAUCUUAAAACUGUCUUUUACACAAGAACAUCAUCCCAAUACUGUUUCCUUUUUCAGUGUCAAAAACACAAAUAUCCAAGUGCUAUUACUCAGUUAAAUAAAUUAUACUACCCAA